GAUUUAGGAAACCCUCUGGAUGGAGGUUAAAUUUGAACUCUGCGGUUUUUGAAGUUUCGUAUGUUUGUGAUUUUGUUGUGUAUUCUUCUGCUGAUUGCCAUAACUUUGUACCGUAAAUCCGUAUUAUUGUUGCCAGAGGAAAAGAUGGAGGAAAGACAGCAGGAAAUUCACAAGCUUCAUCGCGAUAUAGAAGUUGCAGAAAGUAUGAAACGAGAAAUGCAGGAUGUCAUUAAAUAUCUAGAGAUGGAAAAAAUGGAGAAGAAUAAGCGGUUAACAAUCACUAAGAAGAAACAUGAACUAGAGCUAUCUCGACUGACUGGAAAGAUUGUUGAACUUGAAUCAACUAUUCACGAACUUCAAGAAGUUAUAUCAGAUUUAAAACCGGCAAGCAUAAAAGAUGCUGGAGACCAACGUAUUAGUGUAACUACUAACAAUUCUGAGGAGUUAGUGAGAUUACAGGCUGAAAAACAGGAAGCAGAGAAUGCCUACUUAUUGUUGCAAAACACAUACAAAGAAUUUCAGACACAGAAUACUCACCUGGAAAAUGUAAGAAAUGAACUUUUGACCCAGAUUUCUGAAUUACAGUCAAAACUGGCUCUGAAGAUUGAUGAAUACAAUGCAUCCAAAGAAAAUGUGGAAGCUCUUCAAGAACAAAAUGCUUUAAUGAAGGUUGAACUCGAAACACUCAAAGCAAAAGUGAACACUCAUUCAUCAAAAGGAAAUUCACUAUUUGCUGAAGUGGAAGAUGGUCGACAGCAGUUGGAAAAUCAAAUCAAGAAGCAGAAGGUGCAGCUUUUGGCUUUGCAAAAACGCCAUUUGCAGACAUUCUUAACCUUUAGGAAGCUUCUGAAAGAAAAAGCUAGACUGUGUGAAGACUUGGCCCAAACCAAAGAACAAGUAUCAACCAAGGAACUGCAGUUACAACUCACAGCAUACAAAGAACGUUUAAAGGAUCUAGAAACAGCACAAAGGGCAUGGGUAGAAGAAAAAGCUGCUCUACCCAUUGUUCUUGGCAAUAAUUAUGAGUCGGUGAAGACAUUUGAUCGCUUAGUGGAGAAAGAGAGAGAGAAGACUAAAAAGAUUUGGGAACGAUAUGAAGAUAUUAUGAUGAGGUACAUCGCAAUGACUGAUGAAGUCGUGGCUUUGAAAAGUGAGACUGGUGUUACGGAAAGAAUGAGAUUGCGUGCAGAGGAGGAAAUAGUUAAACUUAAACAGGAGAUUGAGAAGAAAGGUGAAGGUGACCAUAAAGAGGAGGAUCUGAUUCCAGUUGUUGAAAGUUCACUUCCACAGGAAAUUCAAAACAAAAAGAAGUGCCGAUUUGCUCCAGAAACAAUUGAACCCUCUUCGAAAAAACUUGUUGCCAAAAAAGAAACUAACAAAAUACCUUACUUGACUUCUAGCUAGUGUGUGUGUGUGUGUGUGUGUGUGUGUGUGUGUGUGAGAGAGAGAGAGAGAGAGAGAGAGAGAGAGAGAGAGAGAGAGAGCGACCUUCAAGUAUUUCUAGAAUUUAUACAUAAUGUUUAUUCCAUGAUAUUGUAUUAAACUAGUGGAAAUGAGAACAUUACAUAAAGUUUUUGAAUAGUUCUCCUUGGUUGCCAUUAUCAUGGAAGCCUGGUUCAUUAUAAGACACUUUCUCUGGCUUUUCAUUUAAUUUCUACUUCUGAGAAUGCUUCUUGUAUGCGAAAUAAGUGGAGUCGUUCUUUGACUUUAUAUCCAUGACAAAAGCCAGGUCCCUGCCUUUUAGCUUGUGAACUAAAAUCAUGUGUUGUGUGGUUAAUUAAUGUACUGAGUUUAGACUGGAAUGCCUAUAAUUCAGUGCAUGUGGUACGGACGGUCAGUAUUGGGACGGUGUUUUGAUCACAUUUUCUGAAAAGUGUCUGGAGCAGCUAGUACGAAGACUCAUGUGCCAUGAAAAUAUUUCAGAUCUUGUAGGUAUGAACAGGUUGACCUUACGAAUAGUGCCAGAAAGACAUUGAUUAGUGAUCAUUGUCGUCAGAGUGAGAGUGAUUACUAAGGUUAAUAAAUCCAUCAAGAAAGCCAAUGGGAAAUGUUCUUCUGGUAGAAAGAGCCGCAAUGCAAUUGUUAGCAUCCUACUUAAACAGCGAAUGGGCAUUAUUUAGUUCAGAUAUGACAGAAAAUGUAUGGAUUCUGGGCAAAGUUAAAACUGACUGUAAAUCAUGUUGUGGAGUAGUAUGUGCCGAGUUACAGGAUUAUAAGGCUGGAAAGAACCCACUGUGGUUAGUAGCAGAGAUUGAUGUACUUUUGGUUAGAAUAAGAAUGUGAAAAUGUCAGCAAGCAAGAAUUAUUAGUCAUUUUUGCAUCUGUAAAAUACUGAUACGCAAAGUGUUCAAAAACUUCAGAACAACUCGCCUAUCGACUUGAUGUGUGAUCGAUGUUCACACUGAAUAAUUGUAAGAAAAAGUGUUUGUGUUCCUCUUUCAUUUGGUGUAUUAUUUAUAACUUAAGGUGAAUUGUAAUAUGUGCUACAAAGCCUUAAAACCCUUAUAUUCAUUUUUAAACACACUGUACUUGACAUUUCAAAGUUUAUUAAUUAUAUGAAUAUUAUUCCAUAUAAAUUACUGAUUUUUUAAAUUUGCAGCCAAGCACAUUGCUUAUGGUUAGUGUAAAACACACACACACACACACCACACACUCACACUCACUUACACACGGGCUGAUUUAUCAGGGGAAUUCUGCCCCUCUCCCCACCCUUUAUACUUAACAUUGAAUUGCUGCAGAAUUCUUGAGCAUAUUCUAACUUUAUCAUAAAUUUCCUUGAGACAGGAAUGCUUCUCUCAAAUAUUUCAAAAGAAUUAUUUGUCUGAAACUCAGCUUGCCAUUUCCUUAGAUGAUAUCCAAUGAACUGUGGAUAAAAGGCAAUAGACAGUCCCUAUUCCUAUGUUUCUGGAAAAUAUUUGACACAGUCCCCCACUGCAGACUGUUAAUGUUUGAGUACAUGGAAUAGGUUUGCAGACAUGCAAGUGGCUCAAAGAUUUCUUCAAUAAAAGAACCCAGCAUGUUGUUCUGGAUGAGUGUUCAUCAAAGGUAAAGAUAUUGCAAGGACUGCCACAGGAAAAUCUUAUAGGACCACUCUUGGUGGCUUCCAAGUUUGUUUGAGAGCCUUACACCAGACGUCUAGGGGAGAUGAUCACGUCAUUGGCAACAACCUUUAUAGAGAGAAAAUGUUGGCUGACACGUCAUGACAAUGCUAGCCAUAAUUUAUUAUUGGUUAUACCCCUGAGAGAUAGCAGAGUAUAGGCCCUCCGUGGGUGUGUAUGCAGUGUGUGUGUUGCACAUAAUCCAGGCAUCUGCUCCCCAUAAAAUGGGCUAGGCUGAGCUCUGGAUUCGCUUCUAAAAUAACUUACUCUACUUAGUGAGACUCACUCGGGUAUAAUUGUUGAAAAUCACAUUUUCAAUGUAAUAGGGUAGGUAGUACGGAGAUGCAGCACACCUGGCUAGUUCAGUGAGCUUUGUCCCCGAACCAACAAAUCCAAUAAAAAGAUGCCUAGCAUUAUCUGAAUGUAUCAGUGAACAUUUUGUGUCCAGCAAAAGCUGCUCCCCAUCACAUCAUCUAGAGACUUUGAAACAUCCUGUAUUCAUAAAUGCUGUAACUGACAGGGUGACCAACAAUCUGCGACCAUUUGCUGGAGAUGCAGCAUUGUAUGGGAAAGUGUCACUGUAGGCCUAUACACAAUGAUUUGUGGCAAUUUAUAUUUGGUGUGAUGAAUGGCAGCUUGCUUUAAAUGUAGAAAAA